GGGCCGGCGCCCCGGUGCUGCCGCAGUGCCUCCCGUCCCGCCCCGGCCCCGCGCACCUGCUCUGGCCAUGAUGAGCUUCGGCGGCGCGGAUGCGCUGCUGGGCGCCCCGUUCGCGCCGCUGCACGGCGGCGGCAGCCUCCACUACGCGCUGGCCCGAAAGGGCGGCGCAGGCGGGACGCGCUCGGCCGCCGGCUCCUCCAGCGGCUUCCACUCGUGGACGCGGACGUCUGUGAGCUCCGUGUCCGCCUCGCCCAGCCGCUUCCGCGGCGCCUCGAGCACCGACUCGCUGGACACGCUGAGCAACGGGCCGGAGGGCUGCGUGGUGGCGGCGGCCACGGCGCGCAGUGAGAAGGAGCAGCUGCAGGCGCUGAACGACCGCUUCGCGGGCUACAUCGAUAAAGUGCGGCAGCUGGAGGCGCACAACCGCAGCCUGGAGGGCGAGGCGGCGGCGCUGCGGCAGCAGCAGGCGGGCCGCGCCGCAAUGGGCGAGCUGUACGAGCGCGAGGUCCGCGAGAUGCGCGGCGCGGUGCUGCGCCUGGGCGCGGCGCGCGGUCAGCUGCGCCUGGAGCAGGAGCACCUGCUCGAGGACAUCGCGCACGUGCGCCAGCGCCUCGACGACGAGGCCCGGCAGCGCGAGGAGGCCGAAGCGGCGGCCCGCGCGCUCGCGCGCUUCGCGCAGGAGGCAGACGCGGCGCGCGUGGAACUGCAGAAGAAGGCGCAGGCGCUGCAGGAGGAAUGUGGCUACCUGCGGCGCCACCACCAGGAGGAGGUGGGCGAGCUGCUCGGCCAGAUCCAGGGCUGCGGCGCCGCGCAGGCGCAGGUACAGGCCGAGGCGCGCGACGCCCUCAAGUGCGACGUGACGUCGGCGCUGCGCGAGAUCCGCGCGCAGCUUGAAGGCCACGCGGUGCAGAGCACGCUGCAGUCCGAGGAGUGGUUCCGAGUGAGGCUGGACCGACUGUCAGAGGCAGCCAAGGUGAAUACAGACGCCAUGCGCUCAGCGCAGGAGGAGAUAACUGAGUACCGGCGUCAGCUGCAGGCCAGGACUACAGAGCUGGAGGCACUGAAGAGCACCAAGGACUCCCUGGAGAGGCAGCGCUCCGAGCUGGAGGACCGUCAUCAGGCUGACAUUGCCUCCUACCAGGAAGCCAUUCAGCAGCUGGACGCCGAGCUGAGGAACACCAAGUGGGAGAUGGCAGCCCAGCUGCGAGAAUACCAGGACCUGCUCAAUGUCAAGAUGGCUCUGGAUAUAGAGAUAGCCGCUUACAGAAAACUCCUGGAAGGUGAAGAGUGUCGGAUUGGCUUUGGCCCAGUUCCUUUCUCACUUUCGGAAGGACUCCCCAAAAUUCCCUCUGUGCCCACUCACAUAAAGGUCAAAAGCGAAGAGAAGAUCAAAGUGGUAGAGAAGUCUGAGAAAGAAACUGUGAUUGUGGAGGAACAGACGGAGGAGACCCAAGUGACCGAAGAAGUGACCGAAGAAGAAGAGAAAGAGGUCAAAGAGGAGGAGGGCAAGGAGGAAGAAGGGGCUGAAGAGGAGGAGGCAGCACGGGGAGGAGAAGAAGUAAAGUCUCCCCCAGCAGAAGAGGCCGCAUCCCCAGAGAAGGAAGCCAAGUCCCCGGCGAAGGAAGAGGCAAAGUCACCAGCUGAGGCCAAGUCCCCAGAGAAAGAGGAAGCAAAAUCUCCAGCUGAGGCCAAGUCCCCCGAGAAGGCCAAGUCCCCGGCAAAGGAAGAGGCAAAGUCACCAGUAGAGGCCAAGUCUCCAGAGAAGGCCAAGUCCCCAGAGAAAGAGGAAGCAAAAUCUCCAGCUGAGGCCAAGUCCCCCGAGAAGGCCAAGUCCCCAGCAAAGGAAGAGGCAAAGUCACCAGUAGAGGCCAAGUCUCCAGAGAAGGCCAAGUCCCCAGCGAAGGAAGAGGCAAAGUCACCGGCUGAGGCCAAAUCCCCAGUGAAGGAGGAAGCAAAGUCCCCCGAGAAGGCCAAGUCCCCAGUGAAGGAGGAAGCAAAGUCCCCCGAGAAGGCCAAGUCCCCAGUGAAGGAAGAAGUGAAGUCCCCUGAGAAGGCCAAGUCCCCAGUGAAGGAGGAAGCAAAGUCCCCUGAGAAGGCCAAGUCCCCAGUGAAGGAAGAAGCGAAGUCCCCCGAGAAGGCCAAGUCCCCAGUGAAGGAAGAAGCGAAGUCCCCUGAGAAGGCCAAGACUCCUGAUGUGAAGUCUCCAGAAGCUAAGACCCCAGCAAAGGAGGAAGCAAAGUCCCCUGCAGACAAAUCCCCCGAAAAGGCCAAAAGCCCUGUCAAGGAGGAGGUCAAGUCCCCAGAGAAGGCGAAGUCUCCCCUGAAGGAGGAUGCCAAGGCCCCUGAGAAGGAGAUCCCAAAGAAGGAAGAGGUGAAGUCCCCAGUGAAGGAGGAGAAGCCCCAGGAGGUGAAAGUCAAAGAGCCCCCAAAGAAGGCAGAAGAAGAGAAAGCUCCCACCACACCAAAAACGGAGAAGGACAGCAAGAAAGAGGAGGCACCCAAGAAGGAGGCUGCAAAGCCUGAGGUGGAGAAGAAGGAACCUGCCGUUGAAAAGCCCAAAGAAUCCAAAGGCGAAGCCAAAAAGGAAGAGGCUGAAGAUAAGAAAAAGGCAGCCACCCCAGAGAAGGAGGCUCCUGCCAAGGCGGCGGUGAAGGAAGACGCUAAACCCAAAGAGAAGACAGAGGUGGCCAAGAAAGAACCAGAUGAUGCCAAGGCCAAGGAACCCAGCAAACCAGCAGAGAAGGAGGCGGCCGCGGCAGCACCGGAGAAAAAAGACAGCAAGGAGGAGCAGGCCAGCGAGGCCAAGAAGCCUGACGAGAAACCCAAGACAGAGGCCAGAGCCAAGGAGGAUGACAAGACCCUCUCAAAGGAGCCCAGCAAACCGAAGGCGGAAAAGGCUGAAAAAUCCUCCAGCACAGACCAAAAAGACAGCAGGCCUCCAGAGAAGGCCACAGAAGACAAAGCCGCCAAGGGGAAGUAAGGCGUGGAGGAAGAAACGUCUGGAGCAGCCAAAGAGACUCAGAAGGGUCCCGGAGCUCAAGGAUCAGAGUAACGUAAUUUUCACUUUUCCUCUCUUUAUGUAAGAAGAAACUGCUAAGAUGACGGGGCCUCCUUCUUCAAACAGGAAUUUCUGUUAGCAGUAUGUUAGCAAGAGAGGGCACUUCCAGCCCCCUGCCCCCACACCCUCCCCAGGUGAUGGACAAUUAUGUUAUGAUAGCUUAUGUAGCUGAAUGUGAUAUAUGCCGAAUGCCACACUUAAACACUUGACUAUAAGAACUGCCCCCCCUUUCCAAAUAAGUGCAUUUAUUGCCUCUAUGUGCAACUGACAGAUGACCGCAAUAAUGAAUGAGCAGUUAGAACACAUUAUGCUUGAGAUGUCUUAACCUAUUCCCAAAUGCCUUCUGUUUUCCAAAGGAGUGGUCAAGCCCUUGCCCAGAGCUCUCUAUUCUGGAAGAGCGACCCAGGUGGGGCUGGGCACUGGCCACUGAAUUAUGCCAGGGCGCACUUUCCACUGGAUUCCACUUUCAAUUGCUUCUGUGCAAUAAAACCAAGUGCUUAUAAAAUGAAAA